AUUGUACGCGAAAAGUAAUAAUCUAUUAGUUUAUUAAUAUAUUGGUAAUCUAUAGUUUUUAGCCUAUUAAUGAAAUAAACCGGGAUAAAUGAGAUUGUGUGAUGUAAGAGUUGAGCUCCUGUCACUGAAACGCGUUUGAUCGGUUACCUUGACAACGGGAAGCCGGAAGAGCUAAAGCGGCACUGAAACUCGUUCAUCAGAAAAUUAAAGUUAUGUCUUCGCAUUCCGUUAAGCCCCAAAGACUAGAUGGUGGUCAACUUUCAAAUAUCACAUCAAAAUGGUUGUCCAGAUACAAAACACCGGCUUCGCAAAAGUCACCAGUUUACAGAAAGACUUGUAAAAAGUCAUUAGACAGUUUAGCGCCAGAGAUCAUUCUCAAGAUUCUUUCAUUUCUGGAUGCUGGUUCUCUCUUCUGCAUUAGUUUAGUCAACAAACACUUCAAUGAAGUGUCCAACAGCAAUCCCUGUAGUGCCAUGUGGUAUCAGUUUUACCUCCGUGCAUGCACCAGAAAUAAGAAAGUCAACCAGAAAACCGGGAUGAUACAUGGUCCAAACACAGUUAGCAUCCAGGAAAAGCCCAAAGGAUACUGGAGAAACAUGUUCUUCAAAGAAGUUUCCGGCCUUAAUGUGAACAAGUGGAGAAAAAGGCUUCAACGCGUUGAUCCUUAUUCAGGCAUGCCGAGUUAUACAGAGGAAGUCCUGAGGAGUCUGUGCGUUACAUGGGAGAUCGCAGUGACUGAUGGGAGAGGACGGCAAAGCACCUUUGAGCAGUUUCAUGUCUCCUUCAGCAGUACGGCUGUUUUCCUGUUUUGGGGUGCUGUGAAUUGGCCUCCAUUCAACCAGCUCACCUCACUUGAGCUUUACGGAGUGAUGCCGGUGCCACUCCACUGUCCAGCUGCUUACAGGCCUGGCUGGAAAUCAUUAAUGUCCAAAAUCACACUUAAGGGGGAACAUAAGGAGCUGUGUUUUUCAGAUAAGCUUGUCAAAUUGCUAUACAUUGGACAAGGUGUAACUUUGGGAUUUUGGCAGGAUGGAGGGGCAUUAGCCUUUGUCAUUGUGAAUUUGCACACUUCCAGACUUGUGGAAAGAAGUCUUCAAGCAUCUCUUUGUCCACGUACAUCAGCUGAAGUCAGUGCAUUGUUUGAUGAUGUGGAUCCAGAGUAUGGUCUCCAUGGAUACACUGCUUACAUAGAACUGCAUAAUACAGAGAGAGUGAUCAUGUCUGCGCGCGAAUCCCAGCUGUUCUGCAGGAGAGAUCAGAUUUCUAAUGGCUACCUUCCACUAGAAGUGAUCAGUCAAGGUAAAGGAUGCCUAAAUGCUCAUCUGGUUAGUGAUGUCAGAUUGCCUUGGAGGACGGAAGUGCUACGUGGAAAUAUCAAGGAUUGUUGCAUGAUGAAUCUAACUGUAUGGGAUGAAGCUAAGCAGCCUUUUUGGUGUGUCACUGCCCCUGUUGUCAUAACAAAAGCAGACCAAGAUGUGGUAUCAUAUGAUGCUGAUGGACUGAAUGUAAAAAUCCUGUACCAGGACUCAGAGGGGAAGGUGAAGAUCAGGCUAAGACAGGUGGAGCAUAAUCAUGAGUAUAUUGUGGUUAAUCUAGUGAUUUACAUUUCCAUCUCCAAAGUGAAUAAGCACUUUGGGAAAGAUUAUUAAAGCCUUCAUGUGUCAUGUGUUUAAAUUACAUUUUUACUUAUGUCUUAGAAAGAGGACUGCUAUAAAAUAAUAAUUCUGGAUUAAACACUUCUUAUCAUA